AUGGGCCUAGGUGGUGUGUUGAUACAAAAUAGUCAAGUUGUGGCUUAUGUUUUUAGACAAUUGAAGGUUCAUGAGAGGACUUAUCCCACGUCUGAUAUAGAGUUGGAUAUCAUUUUGUUUGUGUUAAAAAUUUGGAGGAAUCAUCUGUUUGGUUCUAGAUUCGAAGUAUUUAGUGAUCACAAGAGUUUUAAGUGUCUAUUCGAUCAGAAAAGGUUUAAUAUGGGACAGAGAAUAUGGCUCAAAUUUAUAAAGGAUUAUGAUUUUGGAUUGGGUUACCAUUCGAGUAAAGCCAAUGUUGCAACUAAUGCAUUAAGUAGGAAGUCGUUGCAUAUGUCGAUGAUGAUGGUUCUAGAGUUGGAAUUGAUUGAACAAUUCAGAGACAUGAGUUUAGUGUUUAAGGUGACUCCUAAUAAUGUGAAGUUGGGCAUGUUGGAGAUGACUAGUGGUAUCCUUGAAGAGAUCAGAGAAGGUAAAAAAGUUGAUUUGGGAUUGGGUGAGCGACUUAUGUUAAUCAAUCAAGGUAAAGAAGGUGACUUCAGAAUCGAUGAGAAAGGUGUGAUGAAGUUCAAAGACAAGGUUUGUGUACCAGAUGUUCCAGAGCUUAAAAAGAGUAUUCUUGAGGAAGGUCAUAUAAAUGGUAUGGGUAUUCAUCCCAAUAAGUCUAAGAUUGAACAUCAUAAGCUGUUGGGUUUGAUGCAACCAUUGAGUAUUCCAGAGUGGAAAUGUGAUAGCAUUUCCAUGGAUUUUGUGACAAAUUUUUCGAAGACGAUGAAGUAUGCGGGGGAAAAUGUUGGAAUAGAUGUCUAA